ACCUUACAGAAAUGCAAGCGUCAAAGGGUUAGGGGCAAAGAGAAGGGAAGGAAUCGAACAGACCAGCUGAGACUGUACCAGAGAUAUUAGAGAAAGGAUGAGAUGGGAGUCCCAUUGGGCAAUGAAUGUGUAACGCUUCACCCAGUAGACUCACACGGUGCAUUCUGGGUGAUUCUGGGACAAAGGGAGCUCUCCUUCAAAGAGUGAAUGCCAGUCAAUUGGGCGCAAGCUCAAAACCAGAAACAUGAAUAACCCUAACCCUUUUCCUAACCUGAUACGUUAAUUAUUCUAAUCUGCUGCGUAAAUUCUCCUAACCUGCUACGAAAAACCAAAUCUGAUGUUAAUUUUACAAAAACUUGAUCCCUUCUAGCCAUGGCUGAGCGCUCCUUGUCCCAGGUUUAUUGUCUAUUUAUUUUUCUAGAACUGCCAAUUUUGUGGAAGUAGACACCACUUGUUCCUCAGACUCUUGUGGAUUUCAUCGUUUUGUACUUUUCAAUGUUCUAAGAUUAAUUUGUGGAUUUAGUUAAGCAGCUAUUUUGUGAUGCAUUGUUGCUCUUGUCAAAUCACUGGGAAAUGUUUUCAUUGUGUCAUUAAUUGGCUCUCUGACAAGCGUGUUGAAUAAUUACGGGAUGUAUUAUAAAUGAAUUUUUGUGCAGUAUGAUGGAUGGAUAAUUCACCAACAUGUCAGAUUCUCAGAAAGGUUGAUAGAAAUAAAAAGCUCAAAAGUACAUUUGAGCUUUUUUGACCAUAUGCAUUCAUCUCCUUCAGCCAGCAAUCUCUCUCUCUCUCUCAAGCCUGGGGACAAUGUUAAAUAUGCUUCAACAAUGGUCGUGUUCAGAUUGUCAUUUAAAAAAUCAGUUUUUGCUCUGAUUUGCGUACUUCCUUCUACAGAUGUGGAGCGUUUUUUUUUUACAGUAAUAUAAUUUUGGACCAGUAGAUGGAGUCACAGCCCCACAAAAUAAGAAAGGUUUAAAAUGUUGUGUAUACUGCGGUGCUAUGUUUAAUCAAAUUAUUAUAAUGUAUUCCGUUUAACAAAAAAAAGUCGAGUUAAAGCAUAUUUUUAUCCACAUGUACGUUAUUGUAAUCUGUGUUACGUCAUACAUAUGCGUCGGCCGGAAGUUGAAUUUCCAUUGCCUCUUGUUUUUGUUCCCGGUUAGAUACUGUUCAGCAGCUGGGUUAGGUACGCUUUUUGUGUUCGAAAUUGGCGAGAUAUUUGGUUAGUUUAAAGAACUUUAAUAUCAAUUCAAACGGUGUUUGGACAAUAACGCAGAGCCAUGUCUAAGCGCGCUUCUUUUCACACACAACUGUCCUCCAUCAUGGAAAUACUGUCUAGAACCGCAAUGGCUCAUGUGUGCAAACUGGUUGACGACGAAUACGCGGGAAUAUCUUUAGAAAAUGAGGCUCUCACUGAGAAAUUGCAUAGUCUGGAAAGUGAACUUACAAUUGUGAAAAGCACAGCUCCGAAGCUGGCUGGAAACUAUCGCUCUGUUGGUGUUCAAACUGGUGAAACUAUCACCAGAGUAGACAGAGGGCUAAACGGAUCCCCCACCAUCGAAGGAAUAUUUGGGAAGGAAUGGUGUCUUGAUCUAUGGAACCAUGGGGAUUCCUACAGCACAGAGAACAGUCCGCAACACACUGCCAAAUCAACAGGGGUGCCUUCAGGCCAAGCUGAUGUUAAAGAAGAGGAUGUUGAGGUGGAAAUCAUAAACAGCAGAGACCCACAGGAAAGACCAACAAUCAUUUUAGAUGGAGAUGACUUAGUGGACAAUGGAAGAGAAGGGCCCUCCAACGUGUAUCCAUGCUUUGAUUCCUUCCGCCAGGACAGGCCAGAGAGACGGGAUAAACAGGUACUGGAGAUGUCAACUACGGAUGUCUCCACAGGACACACUUUACGUUUCAUAUCCAUCGACGGAUUGGAGGAGGAAUAUGGCGAACAUGUCUUUCCCAUUGAGGACGAUGAGACGAAUGAGUUCCUACCAGACGAUACCGAGCUGUUGCCCAACGAAGCACAAGAUGAACACAUCACAAAGCCAACGUAUGCAAAGAAGUCUUUAGCAAAGUCAAAAAGCAAAGCUGGGAAGACUAAGACUUUCAGUUACUUUAACAGGUUUAACUUGCACUCCCAUAGUAAAUCCGACACAAACAAGUUAAGUUGCGUGAUUUGUAAGAAGACUUUCUUGCGGCAGAACCAUCUGACGAUGCAUAUGAAAUCUCACAAGUCGCUGUACUGCAGUGUGUGUAAGAACUAUUAUCCUGGGAAAACUCAGCUCAAAAAACACAAAUGUGUUGCUCCCGAUUAUCUGGCCUCGAACAGCUCGAAGUACUUUUGCCAUUACUGCGGCAAGUCUUUCAGCUGUCCGUCAAGCCUGAGGAUACACCACCUGGUGCACACUGGAGAGAGACCCCACACAUGCACUGUCUGCGGGAGAGGAUUCACACAGAAGGGCAAUCUGAAAUGUCACAUGCGCCUUCACACUGGUGAGAAACCGUUCAAAUGCCUCACAUGUGACAUUGGUUUCACCCAGAAAGUAUACCUCACUCAGCACUUGGCCAAAGCUCACGGUCAAAAGGAAGAAAAUAAGAAAAAGAAGACGCAAGUGCACAAAUGUUCUAAGUGUCAGUUGUCUUUCGUCAAUCACCAACUGCUCCAAACACACAUGGCUGUUCAUAAAAAUAAAUGAAGUAUUUUUGGUUGAUUGCAAUACUCUUAACUUAAAGGGGCAAUCUACAGUUGCUACAUCCAUUUUUGGACUUAUAAAUUGAUAUGUACCCAUUUAUUGUUUUAGAAUAUAACUUAUUUAUGCCUCAUGAGCUUAGUUGAAUUGUUGUACACCAUCAGAACCCAAAAUAAGCUUGUAAAUAAACACUUUACAUUUUAGUCAUUUAGCAGACGCUCUUAUCCAGAGCGACUAACAGGAGCAAUUAGGGUUAAGUUCUUUGCUCACGGGCACAUUGACAGAUUUUUCACCUUACCCGCUCUGGGAUUUGAUCCAGUGACCUUUUGGUUACUGGCCCAAUGCUCUUAACCACUAGGCUACAUGCUACCCUAAAUAGCCUUAAAAUUAAAACUAUAAUUUUGGUAUGGAUGGUCAGUCCUUGCAUCCAUAGGUCUAUGAAUUUGAGUGGUUAGCCUACAUUUCUCCAGGCCCAGCCCCUCAGCUUUUUACCGAAACGGGUGGGGAGGCCUCUUUAUCUGAACUGCUGAUUGCCCCUUUAAAGGAUUGUGUGCCUGCUUUGCUCAAACUGGAGAACCAAAUACUGUCUAGUGUAUGUCAUACUUCACAAUAUUGGAGCGACCUUAACCCAACACCUAACGGCCUUGUCAAGGGGUUCGGAUCUGGACGCUGGACCUGGGAGUCCCAGUUGGGAACCCCCCCCCCAAAAUACGCUACAGUAUGUUGUAGCCUUUAAGUGUAUUUUUUAUUACACUUGAUUUGUCUGAAUUAGCUACAACACUAACAGGAUGUAUUAGGCUAUCUGGUAUGAUUUACCUACAAUAAAAGGUAAAUGAUGAAGUUUUAUUUUGCAAAGAACGUGGUGCAUAAGUACGGAGUGUUCACCUAUCACUAUCCUAUGUUCCGUAAUUUCGGCUCAUGUAUUGAACCUGCCAAUGUUUGGUGCAAGAUGGCAGUUGGUACUGUAUCUGCAUUGUCCUCUGUAUACGUUGGUACAAUUGACAUAAGAUAUAAUUAAAUGGAUGUUUUCCAUUUCUGUUCCCAGUAGUGAAUUUUAUACUUAUUUUGUACAUAAUGCUGCCAUGAUUGUCAGUUGUUUUUCUGGAAUAUUUAUCUGCUGUAAACUUAAUUUGCUUUCAUAAUUAAAACAGCAUUAAGGGUAUAACUUAA